AUGCAGGAGACACAUAGAAACAACAGUGGGGUGGCUCCAUUCUCAAGGUCUUCGACCCUCGUAAACAGUUCCGUAUCUAUUGAUUCUUUUGAGGCCGUGGUCCCCAGUCUCCUGGGCCCCGACAAAGUAGCAGAUCCUGACAAUGCAGAGAUUGAUAUUUGGUUCGUCCACGGACUCACUGGCAACCGCAAGAGGACAUGGACCCAUGAGAAGGCUGGUGUCUUUUGGCCAGAACUCUUAGCUCGUGACUUCCCCAAAGCCCGGGUCAUAACUUACGGCUACGAUGCCGAUGUCGUGAAGUUCGCAAAGGAUUGGGGGAAUGCAAGUACAGAAGGCCUCAAGAGCUAUGGCCAAGCUCUAGCUCUUGCCGUUCGCAACGAGCUGCAAAAUCAGGCGGGCCGUCCAAUUUACUUCCUGCCACACUCGCUCGGCGGCCUUGUUGUAGAACAAGCUCUAUUGGAAUCAAUCGGGUCAGACGUCAGUCUGCACACCGUUGCCGAAUGGACGGCUGGGAUUCUGUUUUUCGGCGUACCGCACCAAGGCUCACAUCUUGCCAAAUGGGGAUCUGCCCUUCGAAAGUUGAUCCCGCAGUCAAUUCGCAGCUCCAACAAGAAGGUCAUCGAUGUCCUCAAGACAGAUUCCCAAGUGUGUCAGAACCUGGACGAGGAUUUCCAGAAAGAAGCAAAGCACGGAAAGCUCAAGAGCAUCAAGCUCUUCUCCUUUUAUGAGACCCGAAAGUUACCUGGAUUCAGCAACCUAGUGGUUCCCGAGAAAUCUGCUGUGCUCAAAGCCGACUUCAAAUGUGCGAUCGAAGGGGAUCAUAAGUCAAUGACACGCUUCACUGGUCCCAAUGAUCCGGAGUACUGCAAGGUCAAAGGACAGCUGAUCUAUUGGCUCCUACCAGAGAAUGCUGCAGUGGCAGAGGCACCGAAAAAGAAGAAAAAGAGUUCGUCCAAGAUCAGUGUUCAAGGAGCCACGAUCACUGGCCAGUUCCACGGACCCGUAAAUGCACAGUCGAAUUUUUCUGCGCGAGAUUUCUAUGUAACGCAGGGCGACAGAAGCACUCAAAAGAUUUACCAGAGCGAGGGUCGAGCCGACCAGCAUAGUUCUGACGAGUAUGGUGAGCCUUCAAGCGGAAGUGAUACUGGCGAGGAGGAUGAAGACGAUGAUGACGAGGAGCAAAUGUUUGUGGAAAAUCAGUGA